GGAUGCACACAAAAUUAAUACAACUGUUGGCUCCAUUUCGCGCACAUUGCCGUUUUGAUCUUUUUCAAUAGCAAACCACCACCGCCUGGUAGAAACAUUCAACACCCGCCACGGACCUCAGGCUCGUUUCCGGCGAUCCAUCUGAAUCUCCGAUCUUAACAGAGAGAAAUUUAGGGAAAGAUGAGUGACGUAUUUGAAGGGUACGAGCGCCAAUACAGUGGGCUCUCUGCCAACCUCACCAAAAAGUGUACGGUAGCUGGUGCUCUUGAUGGAGAGCAAAAGAAGCAAAAGAUUUCUGAAAUAAAGGCUGGAAUUGAUGAUGCAGAAUCUUUGAUCCGGAAAAUGGACCUCGAGGCAAGAAGUUUGCCACCAAAUAUUAAAGCUGUGCUUCUUGCUAAGUUGAGGGAAUAUAAAUCAGAUCUGAAUAAUCUGAAAAGCGAAGUUAAGAGACUUGUAUCUGGUAACUCAUAUUCAUCUGCCCGAGAUGAGUUGUUGGAAUCAGGCAUGGCUGAUACUCUGACGGCAUCAGCUGAUCAAAGAGGAAGGCUAAUGAUGUCAACAGAGAGAUUAAACAAGUCUAGUGAUAGAGUUAAGGACAGUAGAAGAACCAUGCUGGAAACAGAAGAGCUUGGUGUUUCAAUCCUUCAAGAUCUGCAUUCACAGAGACAGUCUCUGUUACAUGCAAAUAACACGCUUCAUGGGGUGGAUGACAACAUAGGGAAAAGCAAGAGAGUUUUGACUUCCAUGGCACGGAGGAUGAGCAGGAACAAGUGGAUUAUUGGCAGUGUUAUUGCCGUUCUUGUCAUUGCCAUCGCCUUGAUCUUGUACUUCAAACUUAAAUAGCCAAGACAUUUUCUCUUGUUUGAGCUUGUGGGUGUUUCGAAUGAACAGAUUUUCAUUUUCUUGUUUCUCCUUAUUUUUCGAGUGUGCAAAAUUGAGUUGUCAAGAUGGAGAUGCUUGAUUGUGUAGUAAUGGCAAAAUAUUGAUACCUUUCGAUUCUUUGCUGGUUGUAUUCGCUUAAAAAGACAUAUGCUUUGCUUUCACCAUGAGUGGGUUCAUUACUCAUUAAGUACAGUUAAUCAUAUAUCGGAAAUUUUUUC